UCGGGCCGUCAGCACCCGAGCUGCAGGCGGCGAGCGCCAUUGUGAGCAGAGCCGGCGGGGCAGGAGGCCCGGGCGCCUGGGUCCCCGCGGCGCGGGCGGAGCGGCCGGCCAGCCAGCUCGGGCAGUGACAGCUGGAGGGCCUAGGAGAUGAAGUUUCCCACUCCCCACCCUGGGCUCCCACCCUCAAGCCUCUCCCCAGAGAAUCGAAUCUUUCCUGCGCUUUCCCAGGGUCUGUGGCCUGAUCCCCAGGAGGAGCUACUCUGGGUUACCAUGAGAGAGACCUUGGAGGCCCUCAGCUCCCUGGGAUUCUCUGUGGGACAGCCAGAGAUGGCCCCCCAAAGUGAGCCCAGGGAAGGAUCCCAUAAUGCCCAGGAGCAGAUGUCCUCUUCUAGGGAAGAGAGAGCACUGGGGGUGUGCUCAGGGCACGAGGCCCCUACACCGGAGGAAGGUGCCCACACAGAACAAGCCGAGGCUCCCUGCAGAGGCCAGGCGUGCACAGCACAGAAGGCUCAGCCUGUGGGCGCCUGCCCAGGAGAGGAGUGGAUGAUUCGGAAGGUGAAGGUGGAGGACGAAGAUCAGGAGGCAGAAGAGGAGGUCGAAUGGCCCCAGCAUCCAUCGUUACUUCCCAGCCCCUUUCCCCCGCCUGACCUGGGGCAUCUGGCUGCCGCUUACAAACUGGAGCCAGGGGCCCCGGGGGCACUGAGUGGGCUCGCGCUGUCUGGGUGGGGUCCGACGCCGGAGAAGCCCUACGGCUGCGGGGAGUGUGAGCGGCGCUUCCGGGACCAGCUGACGUUGCGACUGCACCAGCGGCUGCACCGGGGCGAGGGCCCCUGCGCCUGCCCGGACUGCGGCCGCAGCUUCACGCAGCGCGCCCACAUGCUGCUGCAUCAGCGUAGCCACCGCGGCGAGCGGCCUUUCCCGUGCUCCCAGUGCGACAAGCGCUUCAGCAAGAAGGCCCAUCUGACCCGCCACCUGCGCACGCACACGGGCGAGCGGCCCUACCCGUGCGCGGAGUGCGGCAAGCGCUUCAGCCAGAAGAUCCAUCUGGGAUCGCACCAAAAGACCCACACCGGCGAGCGGCCCUUCCCCUGCACGGAAUGCGAGAAGCGCUUUCGCAAGAAGACGCACUUGAUUCGGCACCAGCGCAUCCAUACGGGCGAGAGGCCCUACCAGUGCGCACAGUGCGCACGCAGCUUCACGCACAAGCAGCACUUGGUGCGGCACCAAAGGGUGCACCAGGCGGCCGGCCCGGCCAGGCCCUCUCCCGACUCGUCCGCUUCUCCUCAUUCCACUGCCCCGUCCCCGACCCCAUCCCCUCCCGGGCCAAAGCCUUUCGCCUGCUCCGACUGCGGCUUGAGCUUCGGCUGGAAAAAGAACCUCGCCACGCACCAGUGUCUGCACCGCAGCGAUGGUCGCCCCUUUGGGUGCGAUGAGUGCGCACUGGGCGCCACCGUGGAUGCCCCCGCCCCCGAGCCCCUGGCCAGCGCGCCUGGCGGACCGGGCUGCGGCCCAGGAUCCGAUCCUGUGGCGCCCCAGCGCGCCCCCUCGGGCGAGCGGUCCUUCUUCUGUCCGGACUGCGGGCGCGGCUUCGCCCAUGGGCAGCACCUGGCGCGGCACCGGCGCGUGCACACGGGCGAACGGCCCUUCGCCUGCACGCAGUGUGACCGCCGCUUCGGCUCGCGGCCCAAUCUGGUCGCCCACUCUAGGGCCCACAGCGGCGCCAGGCCUUUCGCCUGCGCUCAGUGCGGCCGCCGCUUCAGCCGCAAGUCGCACCUGGGCCGCCACCAGGCGGUGCACACUGGCAGCCGCCCCCACGCCUGCGCCGUCUGCGCCCGCAGCUUCAGCUCCAAAACCAACCUAGUCCGCCACCAGGCGAUCCACACAGGCUCCCGCCCCUUCUCUUGCCCGCAGUGCGGAAAGAGCUUCAGCCGCAAGACCCACCUGGUGCGGCACCAGCUCAUUCACGGCGAAGCCGCCCACGCGGCUCCGGACGCCGCCCUUGCGGCCCCAGCCUGGUCCACUCCCCCCGAGGCGGCGCCGCCCCCGCUCUUCUUCUGAGCCUAGUUCUCACCAGGACCCUUUCUUGCCCACAGUUUCGAGAGGCCCGUGCCAUGAGACCGCCUGGGGUGAGCACGGCGGCCUGGGCUGCUGCCCGAAGGUUUGGCCUCGCGGGACUCCUGUUUCCUUCCCGCAGUGUCUGCGUCCGCACAGCAUACCCAGCUCAGACCUCCUAGGACAGAGACUCAGCGAACCCUUGCUGGGAACCGUUGAGCUGAAGUUCUUGGAAGGCUCCCACCCAGGUGCCCCGUUGGAAAGCAGAUAAUUCCUGGACCCAGGGCGGGAAAGAGUGGUUAUUUAUGUACUUAAAAGUUUCAUUAAAAUUAAAAUCAGAAAGUUCUGGGGCUGCUAAAUGAGUUGGGGGAGGGAACCCCUGACUCUCCUUAGCCACUGUCCCACCUCCAUCCACACACAGACCAGCCCCCUCCACUUCCCCUUCUGUCCUGGGUGAGUUACGUUUAGCCAGCUGCUGUUAAUUGGUUCUCCCAAAUAAAAAUGUAAUAUAUUUAUUCACUAA